AUGUUAGCCCGACCAUCAUUAACGGCCUCUUGUCAGUGCAGUUUGGCCCGCUCAUCGCCCGGUCUCAAGCCUGUUGCUGCGCGCUCGAACUCUUCCCUUGCCUCGGAGUCGUCGGCGGACGGACAGACUAACAGCAUACCGCAUCGCAAGCGUUCAAUCCCUAUAGCAGGCAGCUUUGGGAACAUCCUCAUUCCGGAGGCCCUGAAACUCGGCUCACUCAAAAAUAAUGCGAGUUCACGCUUGGGCACACGCUUGAACAGCGCAAGGCCGGACAUAAGCUGGCUGGGGGUGGACGAGUUUGGCGGCUCCCUCGCUCGUCGAUUGGCGCAGGCGAAGGCAGAGUCCCGUGCGAAACAGCCGGAGGGCCAGGCCUCCCCAGCUUCCAGUGCGAUCGCAGUCAAUGCAAGGGGUGGUUCGCACAAGCUCAACAGCUAUGGAACACGGGUGACCGCCGACACGAGGAGACAAUGGGAGGGCGCUACGAAGGAUAAGGUGGAGGAGGUGCACACAAAGCCUUCACGCAGCGAGGCUCGUCCACCGGGUGCGCGCCAACGCCAGGCCGACCAGCGAGUUCAUGCAGAGGCAGUAGAAGAGGCGAAAGAGGUACGGGGGAAGGUGCGGAAGGCCGGGAGAGACAAACCGUCACAUACCAAGGCACCUGCUGGGUCCAUGGAGAUCCAAACGACCGACUUGGAUAAACUGUUCGGUGCUCCCUCUGCAGCGCAACGGUCCACUGCCCCUCGGGUCGCUGCAUUAGAGCUUCAGACGGAGUCACCUCCUGCCCAGCGAUCCCUUCCCACACCUAGAGCCAAAGUUCGCCCCACCAUGUCCCCCUCGAUGGCCCUCCGCGUCCAGCGCACCCUGGAAAACUCCGGAGGCGACUACUCUCGGUAUCUUCCCCAGAUCCAAGGGCUCAACGAGCCAGAGCAGCGCACUCCUCUUGGUAUCGCACAACUCGUCAUGGCUCGCAAGACAGAAGCAGGCCCGAGGAUGAGGCGGAACGCACUUGGGAUAGUACAAAAGCUGAUUGUGAAUGAGCCUGAGUACUUACUACUUACUACUUAA